AUGACUACUGCACACAGACCAACAUUUGAUCAGGCUAGAGCCAGAUCGGGAGGUCCGCAAACUUCUAUCCAGCAUAAAAGAGCACUGCCGGGUUACAAGACCCUUAAAUACAGGAAAAAGGCGAAAAAGGUGAAUGAUGACUUUGAUUCGGACGAAGAUAAGGAGGAGGAAUUUGGUAUUGAUGGAAAACGGCGGGGAUAUAUCACAGGUAAGGAUGUUAAGUCUCUGCGAGAGACUUUGCUACUUGAAGAAAAGAGGGCAAAAGGUGAGGCCUGUUUGGGGGAGGUCAAAGAUGAAAUAAAGGAAGUGUCACAAACGUCUGGAAAACACAAAGAUGAGGAUUUGAAGCAGGAAUCAGGUGAUGAGGGUGAUGACUCAAGUGAUGAAUCGAACAGUUCCAGCACAGAUGAAAGUAGUUCUGAUGAUGAUGAUGAGGAGGAAGAGGAAGAGUUGCUGAGGGAGCUUGAAAAUAUACGAAAAGAGAAGGAGACAAAGGCUAAAGAUGAACACGAAUCGGUUGAUAAUACACAGGAGUUGAUUAGAGAGCCGAUCCCUGAUACAGAGAAUAAAAAAGCAGAUACAAUAAGGAAGUCAUGGCGAUCUCAAAGCUUGUUUCACCUGCAAAAGCGACAAUCGGACCAGGAGAAGCACAAUCCAAUGAUUAACAACAUGAUGCAGAAUGAUUUCCAUAAAAGAUUCAUGGAUUCAUACUUUAAGUGA